CACCUGCACCACCAUCCAUUACCACUAUCAAUGAUAUUUCCGCAGGCUUUUUUUUCCGACUCCUUCCUUGGCUACCCGUCACAAUGUACCACCAGCCACCCCAUCAGUCUCACAGACUGUGUGACUCAACGCUGGAUCAAUUGAGGAGGGUGAUGUUCAGAAUCACAUGACCAGCGCCAGGAUCACUAGAGUAUAGAGCAGAGGCUGGGAGGUGGCGAGCCCACACUAUGGAGCAUCCCUGCAGCUGCUCUCUGUGACUACCCAGCGCUCAGCCACAUUCCACAGGGACAAUACUCGAAACGCACAGGUUAUGCCACCUCAAAGGUUAACUGGAAACCCAACAGUGAAAGAGAAGGGCUGAUCCCUCCCUCCCCCCACCCUGCACUUUCCGUGGUGUUCUCUGUUCAAGCAUGGCAGCUGGCGGCGACAGGAGCGAAGUGUUCAUCAACCUGCAUCAGAUUCUCGCUGACAUUGAGAAACACUCCCCGAAUGGACAAGAGGAAGAAGACUGGGAGAAAGCCCUUUCAGUGGAGAGAUUUGGGGAUUUCAUUUCUGAAACUUCUUCCUGGAACGCUGAGAAAACGGGACGCAGCUACAGUGAGAGGGACUUUGAAACCUGUUCCCGACACACUGAGAAAACGGGGCGCAGCUACAAUGAGAGGGACUUUGAGUAUCACCGGCACACCUCCCAUCACACUCACCACCCUCUCUCCACCCACCUCCCCCCCACCAUGAGGUUCCGCAAGAGGGUGUUUCGCAUUGACCGUCGCAAGAAGAAGAAACGCAAGAAAAAGAAGACAUCCAUCCCGCCCUCCGACGUCACACCAACCAUCCAUGAAGUAGACGAGGAAGAGGAGGAGUCUGAUGCAGAGGGGCGGCGCCAGGGUGCCAUGCCAACUCCACCCCUAGACGACAAACCAAAGUUCAGCAUUGGGGUGGAAGAAGACCACACCCAGCCUUUGCCCUUCCAGAACUUCCACGUGGAGAAUGAGUGCACCCCCAGCCCCGAGUCUCCCCCCUCCACCAGCGCCCCUGUCAUGAAGCUGGACCCCUUGGGGUGGGGCGAGACUUUGAGCCGGUUCUCACAGCUUCCCCAGGACACUCUGGACUUGCCCUCGAGGGGGUGGUUUAAGAGGAAACCCCUUCACAGACUGACCGGGGGCCAGAGAGCCAGCUAUGACCUGCGUGAGAGGAUCUGCAUCGGAAGCAUGACCACCAUGGAGACAGCCAUUUAUCAGAAAGUGCCCACAGACGAGGCCGAAGCACAGAUGCUGGCCAGUGCAGAUCUGGAUGGCAUGAAAAGUCAUAGGUUUGAGGACAACCCCGGGGUGCGGCGGCACUUGGUGAAGAAGCCGUCCCGCAGCCAAUUGACCCGAGCCAACCAAAAAACCUCGCCGCCCCCCUCUGCCCUCAAGAAGAAGAAGACAGACAGGAAACCCCAUGAGGUGUUUGUGGAGCUGAACGAGCUGAUCGUGGAUAAGAACCAGGACAUGCGCUGGAAGGAGACAGCGCGCUGGAUCAAGUUUGAGGAGAAUGUGGAAGAGGAGACUGAUCGCUGGGGCAAACCCCACGUAGCCUCCCUCACCUUUCGGAGUCUGCUGGAGCUCCGGAGAACCAUCACACAUGGGGCGGUCCUCCUUGACUUGGAGCAGACCACGCUGCCUGGGAUCGCUCACCUCGUGGUUGAGACCAUGAUCACCUCAGACCAGAUCAAGGCAGAGGACCGGGCCAACGUGCUGAGAGCCCUGCUGCUCAAACACAGACUCCCUCAAACCAGUAUCCUAGCAGCGCUUCUGGACUUGCCUGUAAAGUCAGAAUGGUAUCAACUUCAAAAACAAACAUCCCUUAUCUUGCAUGUUUCUCCUGAAAAGAAAGAGACAUUGCAGAAGAGGAUGUGGACAAUCCACCCCAAUGAUGAGAAAGAUGUGUUCUUCCCACGGAACCCCUCUGCCGCUAACAUGGGUUCGGUGAUGGCCAGUCACCACCACAACCACAACCACACCACAGACACAUGUCUCCCUCCAAUGGGGGAGGAGAAAACUGAACUGCAUGACACCAAAUCCCAAGAUUCAGAGAAAUCUGUGCACCAUCACAAUGGGGAGGGGCAUCGGAACAAAUCCGUGAAACUCCUGGAGAAGAUUCCCGAGGGGGCUGAAGCUACUGUAGUUUUAGUCGGCUGUGUGGACUUUCUGGAGCAGCCGGCCAUGGCGUUUGUCCGACUGAAUGAGGCGGUAUUCCUUGAAUCCGUCCUGGAGGUUCCAGUCCCUGUCCGCUUCCUCUUUGUGCUGCUGGGGCCAAGCCAGUCCAACAUCGACUACCAUGAAAUCGGACGAUCCAUCUCCACUCUAAUGUCUGACAAGCACUUCCAUGAAGCAGCGUACUCCACCGACGAUCGCCAGGACCUCCUGAACGCCAUCAACGAGUUCCUGGACUGCAGCAUCGUCAUCCCUCCCUCAGAGGUGGAGGGCAAGGACUUGCUCAAGUCAGUCGCCUCCUUCCAGAAAGAGAUGCUGCGCAAGAGGAAAGAGAGGGAGAACAAUAAGUCAGGGAAUGUGGGAACUGCCCCCGAGGUGAAAGAAGAGAACGAGGAGGAGCGGCGGGAGGAGGUGGAGGACGACCCCCUGAAGCGCACGGGGAUCCCGUUCGGGGGGCUGGUGAAGGAUAUCAAACGACGCUACCCCCAGUACCUGAGCGACCUGCGAGACGUGCUUCACACGCAGUGCCUGGCUGCCGUCGUCUUCAUCUACUUCGCUGCUCUCUCGCCUGCCAUCACCUUCGGAGGGCUGCUGGGGGAAAAGACCGAAGGAAUGAUGGGUGUCUCAGAGUUGAUCAUCGCCACCUCGGCUCUGGGGGUGCUGUUCUCUCUUCUCGCAGGCCAGCCUAUGCUCAUUAUUGGCUUCUCGGGGCCCCUCCUGGUCUUUGAGGAGGCUUUCUAUAAGUUCUGCCAGGCCCAUGAGUUUGAGUACCUGACAGGCCGGGUUUGGAUCGGGUUCUGGUUGAUGAUCAUUGUGUUCAUUAUGGUGGCAGCGGAGGGGAGUUACCUAGUGCGCUACAUCUCGCCUUUCACGCAGGAGAUCUUUGCCUUCCUCAUCUCCCUCAUCUUCAUCUACGAAACGUUCUACAAGCUAUUCAAGGUGUUUUAUGAUCACCCUUUGCUGAAGCAUUACCCUCCCAACACCGAGCCAGGCCUGGGAUACAUCAAUUUGUCUGAGGUAGCCAAGACCACUGAGUCAUCAGUGGGCAUGCAGCCCAACACAGCCCUGCUCUCCAUGGUGCUCAUGCUGGGAACCUUCUUCAUCGCCUUCUUCUUGAGGAAGUUCAGGAACAGCAGGUUCCUGGGAGGCAAGGCCAGGAGAAUAAUUGGAGACUUUGGAAUUCCUAUUUCAAUACUCCUGACAGUAUUUAUUGACUAUGCCAUUACAGAUACCUACACACAGAAGCUGAAUGUUCCCUCUGGAUUCUCUGUUACGUCUCCUCUGAAGCGAGGCUGGUUUAUCCAUCCUUUGGGGGAUAAGCAGCCUUUCCCUAUCUGGAUGAUGUUUGCAUCUGUAAUACCAGCCCUACUGGUGUUCAUUCUCAUCUUCAUGGAAAGCCAGAUUACCACCCUGAUAGUGAGUAAGAAGGAGCGGCGACUGGCCAAAGGGUCUGGGUUCCACCUUGACCUGCUCCUGAUCGUGACCCUGGGAGGGUUGUGCCCCCUCUUCGGCCUGCCCUGGCUGACUGCUGCUACUGUCCGCUCGGUCACCCACGUCAACGCCCUGACCGUGAUGAGCAAGGCCACGGCUCCUGGAGAGAAGCCCAAGAUCAGGGAGGUCAAGGAGCAGAGAGUCACCGCCAUGAUGGUAGCUGUGCUUGUGGGUCUCUCGAUUGUCAUGGCUGAUAUUCUGCGUCUGAUUCCCCUGGCGGUCCUGUUUGGGAUUUUCCUUUACAUGGGGAUCACCUCCCUCACUGGGAUCCAACUGUACGAGCGACUGCUGCUCCUGGUCACUCCGUCAAAGCACCAUCCAGACCACGUCUAUGUCACCAAGGUGAAGACUUGGCGAAUGAACAUGUUUACCUGUAUCCAGCUGGGCUGUAUUGUGGUUCUUUGGGUAGUGAAAUCCACUGUUGCUUCCCUGGCCUUUCCCUUCGUCCUCAUCAUGACCGUCCCUCUCCGGCGCUUCAUCCUCACUCGAAUCUUCGAGGACAGGGAGCUGAAAGCUUUGGAUUGUGACAAUGGCUGUCCCAACUUCGAUGAAGACGGUCAGGAUGAAUACAAUGAGUUCCACAUGCCUGUAUAGACAGGGUGUGGGUGAGCCACGUUGGAGAUGCACUGAAGCCAAGGAAGAGCAACGAACAAGAUAAAAAGAGAGUGUGUGUGUGUGUGAGAGAGAGAGAGAGAGAGAGAGAGUCUGUAUGGGCAGGGAGGGUAAGAUAAUGUGCAUGACUAUGAAGCGAGUAUACAUACUUGUAUUUUUCUAGGAGAGACGGAAAGUGUGAAUUAGAGGGAGAGCAGGUAAAGUGACUGAAGAUGUAUUUUUAAAUCGAAACCCUGGUCUUUCCAUAUUAGCUCUGGCAACUCAUUAGGACAUUGGGCUCUGGUCCAAUGAAGACAAUUGGGUGUAUAUAGAGGUCCUAUAAAACCAUCCAGUAGGAGUCUCUGAGCAAAGAAGAGAUUUCUGGAUGACAGAUUGUAAUGGAUCCUUACUGGAAAAACAUUAAAACAGCAGAGUUUAUACUAUAAGUUAUACCUUAUAUGUGUUGCCAACAGAGAAAAAAAUAAAAUUAUAUAUAUAUAUAUAUAUAUAUAUAUAUAUAUAUAUAUAUAUAUAUAUAUAUAUAUAUAUGCGCCUUGGUAAUACUUUGUUUAUUUGGACACAGUUACCACGUUACCUAACUGUUAGAAUCGUCCCACUGCAUUUUCACUGUGCAUUAAAUUGGGAGUGCAGUUUUUAUUGCAGUUUUAGUUUAAUUGCAGAGGUAAAACUGUCAUAAAAUAUGAUAUGAUAAAUGGAAUCUCACUGCCCAUCACCUUCAUUGGAAUUUCAAAUCCUGCUAUCCCUGAAUAGCACUACAUAGCACUACAUACAUUGACAGCAUGGCAUGGCGCCAGGGCCCAUUGCCAAUGACUGAUUUGGUCAAAGUCAGAAUGAUAACAGGAACAUUAAAUAACUGACAUUUUUUUCAUUAAAAUUCAGGACCAAAACACUUGCAAAGAGUGCAUUUGGAGACAACGGUUUCAUGUUUUAUCCACUCAGAAGACGUAUCUACUCAAACACUCAAUGACCCCUGUAGUUAUUGCUUAAUUAGGAUCAGCUUCACAAAUAUUUCAGCUAAUGCCAGUAGCCAGUGCUGCUCUACUGUAAAGUUACCAAAAUAAUGCAUCUUCACUGCAGUUAAACUGAAUCAGAUAUAAUAAAAUAUUUGAUCAUACAUGUAUUUCUAACUAAGGACUGUAUAUUGUUUGCCUGAAACUUGUUUUAGAAUAUAACUAUUAUAUAACUUGCAUGGUUUUAUGAUCACUUAAACAAAGUGUUACCAUUACUACUGUUAUUGUUCUAAUUCAUAUUUAUAAGUUAUUUUUAUUUAUUUAUUAAGCACUGUGCGUAGUUAGAUGUGACAGCGCCAAAGCUUUUCAUUUAUUCACAAAGAGGUGAUCUUUAAAAUCAUGUGGUUUCCCGAUACUGUAUUUUGAAAAUGCCAUGUAAAUAAUAAUGAACUCUAUGGUAGUUGGAGGUUUUUCCUAGAUUACCGGUAUGUACAUUUCUAAUUCUAGAUUUCAAAUGUUUAAAUUGAAAAUAACCCCUUACAGUGGGCCCAAGAGCAUGUUGUUUGAUGCCUGUUUGCAUUUGAAGAAGGAGGGAUUGCUGGGGCUGUUCUUCUCAAACUCGUUGGGUGGGAACCUUCCUUCUGAAAUGAGGAUUGUUUUAGAAUUGGACCCAAAUGUUUUAUUAAGAUACAUAACUACAGUAUAUUGUGCCACUAGAGAUUAGAGUUAGCAAAACCCACUUGACUUUAAUAGCAUUUUCACUACUUAAUGUUUAUUAUUUGAUCAAAAAUGCAUUUUACCAAUGGUUCACAAUUUUUUUUUUUAAAUGUACUGUCCCCUAUGAUGUUUGCAAUAAGUAUGACAGUUUCUUAUUGCAAUUACUCAAAUAUUGUGUUUUAUCAGUUUUUGAUCAGUCUGCUUUGAUUAUGCUGCUUUUCAGUUCUAGUUGCAGCUAUAGACAUCUUGUAGAGGUGUCUUUAUAUUUGUAAGCACCAGCACCAUCUAGUGAAGGGCAUUGUAUUGCGAGCAAAACAAAAGAUAACUUGAUCCAACUUGAUCUAGAUGGAGCUGUCUGUUAUUUCUAUAAAGACACUUUGGCUGACCCAACCUCUGUUACAUACAGUAUAUGUUAGGCAUCUCAAACUAAAGAGCUGAACUUAGGUGAAAGCCCUUUAAGACAUAUUUACAAACAGUAUUUUAGCAGUUGCUAUGCGAACCACUCAUAAUGAAUGCAAACAUCAUGAAGACGUAAAAGGACAAUGCAAGACUCAGAAAGCAAGGGCUACAGCCGGACCUAGUGUUGUUGCAGAAAUCAUAUUUUAAAAUGAAAAUACAUGUUUGGUAAACAUUCUUUCUGUGAGACCUGUAUAGUGAUUGGAUGUUAGAAAAUUGAAUCAUUUUGUUAGCUAGAAUAAUUUAAUAUCAAUCUUUGUAACUGCAAUAUCCUGGUCAAGCAGCUUUUGUCUACACCUUUUUUGUACUUCAUAUUUCGUAGUUUUGUCCAUGUGUCCUUCUGGGGGUUGUCCCUGAACUAACUGCCCGCAACCCAACCUUUCUACAUAUUGACACAUCUUUCUGUUUAAAUAAGACACCACUUACAACAUCUUAAACAGCUGCACAGAAAGAAAAAAAAAAAGCAUGUACAACAAAAUGUCAUACACAAAAUGGAGACAGGAAGACAGGACAUUUGGGGGCAUGACAUUGAUAAAGGAGCAGUAUCUAGUUGAAUAAUGUGAACAUGUAGACACAAAUAUGAAAACAGUUGAGUUUUUAAAGAAAUUGCCAACACUUCAUUACACAAGAGUAACAACACAGGAGUAACAGCAGUACACAGGAGAAAGCAACAUUAAAAAGUGAGAGUUUAAAAAAAAGUCAAGAGUUUAUCGAUAACGUUUAUUAUCUGCAGUAUACUCCAUAGGUUUGUGUUUCAAUGUCAAUUUAGAUGUUUUCAUGUGCUGUACCAAAAAAACAGGCUUUCUAAGAUACAUUUUCAUAUAAAAAAAAAAACUGAGGUAGUUGAUGUUUGAGAAGUGAUAGUAAACCUUAAAUCAGGGUUCGAUUCUCAGCAGAAAAAGCUGUAUUUAUAGCAUUUUCGUACCCAGGUAUCUGUUUUGUAUUAACUGAAGAUUGUACUGAACAGCUGCUUUUUUUAUAUGGAGGUGAAAGUUUGGGGUACAGUGUUGGUGCCAAUUAAAGGAAGAUUUAAAACUAUGCCUUAUGUCUUCCCGUUUCUGCAUUUGCCAUAACAAGAGAAUUAAAGGGAAGAUCCAGACCACUUGUACCUCUUACACUUUUGCUGUUGUUUCGUUACUGUGUAGCACCUGAUAGCUUGGUCCAAUAGAAACAUUGGAGGAAAUACAGACUAAAUUAAAAGCAACAGAAACAAGUAAAAUUCCCAUUUACUUUCAAGGAAAUCUGUUCUAUGGAAGUACUGCAAGUCAUGCCUGCCAUCUUUCACAAGUGAGUGCAGAUGCAACAAUGAUGUUGUGUGUGUAAGGAUAUGGCUGCAUAUACAUGAUUCUAGUUUGUAUAUUGCAAUUCAUAUAUGCAAAACGUUGCCUAAAAGCAAAGAGGUUGUGAAAAAGGGGCAGCAGACAGAAUAGUAGACACAGGACUUAGAAUCAGCAUAUGCAAAUUAUAAAUUAUGAUAAAACAAAAUAAAAACCAAAAACUUGAGCUUUUACAAAAUCUUGUCUGCCUCAAACAGGCAACUAUCCUCUUCUCUCCCCGAAGUCCAUCUGAACUAAGGAACUGUCUUAGCUCCUGCCUUAUACAUGUAGCCAAGCUAAAUUGACAAUCAAUUAUCUAAUUUAGUCUGAUUUUGGUCCAGGGAUAAGGAGUUUUAACCCUAUUUCUGACGCAUAAAACAAAAACUAAACUAUUUAAAUUUGCGGAGAGUCUGCCUGCGUUACCCCAAAACAAACUUUAUUUACAGUAAAGAAAAUACCAAAGUGUAAUGAGAAGGUAUACAUAGGGAACUUUUUUUGCUUUGGAAAACGACAAAUAACAGAAUUAAAAGCCAUGUAUUUACAUUUAGAAGUGUGAAAAACAGUUGGAUGAGCACCUCCACUAAAUCCUUGUUGCUAGGUAUAUGGAGAUAAUAAAUUACCCUCACUUUUUUAUUGAGGGCAGGCAUUACUUUUUCUCUUGCAUGCUGGUCAGUUCUAACGAAGUCUGGAAUCAAAUUAAUCAAGUUUUGUAAUCAUUUUUGUUAUAACAAUGGAAGGGAAUCUGACAAUCAGCAAUAUUUCUGUAGAGGCAGCAAUAGGCAUAUAUAUUACACUGUACAGGGUGAUCCAUUUCGAUUUUGUGUUGUGGAAAAAAAAUCUCAAGACUCUAGAACUACCAUCACAAGUCAUAAAGCACCCUGUUGCCUAUUAUUAAACAGAAUUCACUGCUCACUAUUGUACCCUUAGAAACAGGACUGGUUUCUCCACAAUGUGCUGUGCUACUGAUGAAUUUAGAGCAAACGGUGAUACUUUUGGUGUCCAAGUGACACUCACAUCACACGAUUUUAUAAUUGACAAUGGCCAUUUGAAAUCAUAACAAAACUGCAUUUAAAAGUUGUGGUGUUUGUGCUUGCUCUUGUAGGUAAACAUAGACAUGUAUUUUGUUCUGGGUCUAAUGGAAGUAAAUGGUCUUUAACUUUAACUUCAAUAACUGGCUGUUUUACAGUAGCAGACAUAAUUGCUGGCACUCUAAACAGGGUUUACAUACCAUUGUAAUAAUGAAAGUUAUUUUUCUGUCUGCAAAUAAAUAUUUAUUAUGA